AUGCCUCGCGCACAACCACAGAGCGAUUCAUCGAGCGGGCAGCUACCGCAACUGCUAAAGCGAAACCAAGUUCGUCCUACGUUUUGCCCGAGCGAGUCAAAGGCUGAUUAUCCCACCAUAUUCAGGCAUGUCAUCAAUGUAGGAAACGGAAACUGUGACGCCCAAAAACCUUGCUCGACAUGCGUGAGGUCUCAUCGAUUCGCAUCUUCUAGUAACCCGGCAUUGCUACAGAUAGAGCCUGAAUGCACAUAUGACGACCCCGCUUCGGGAUCGUCUCCAGCUAAACCUCGUACCAAGUACAAGGUACUCGAAGAUAAAAUAAGCCAGUUGGAAAGCUUGUUAAAGCAGCAGCUAUUGAAGGAAGGAGAGCCUUCGCCACCAAUGCCCCUCGCAUCCGAAUCGACUUCCUCAGACGCUUUUAUUGGAAACCUCGGUGAACACGAGCUGUUUGAUACAGGAGAUAUCUUGGAUCCAUAUGACCCAACAUCUAUGGAUCGGUUCGCGGCCCCGGGUACAAACCAAACCACCAGUUCGCCAUCUGACAGCUCUAUGAGUUCGAGGCAGUUGAUUAUAUCCGGUUGGUCGAAACGAUUUCCCAAACCUGACCUUCUGCACCAUCUUAUCGAUGUAUUCUUCAACUGCUAUCCCCAUGCGCAUUAUAUUAUUCAUCGUCCAACUUUCAUGCUCUCCUUGACAUUAUCGCCCAAGUCGCCUGAAUUCCCCCAUGUAUCACUCCUCCAUGCCAUCUGCGCUUAUGCAGGCGUAUUUUCCUAUCUUAUCGAGCCGCCUCCUGGCAGCGAUCUCGACAAGACUUAUCCUGAUUUUAUUUUUGGGGAUCGCAGGCGGCCCGAAUUAAGGGAGGAGUCUUUUGCAGAAAUGCAUGCGAGGUGGGCAAAGGAGACCUCAGAACAGGCCUUGGCGAUGGGCUUCAACCUUUUUGAAAUUACGCAAGCCCAGGUGAUUCUGGCCGAUUUCUAUCAAUGUCAAGGUCGCUCGGUAGAAUUAUGGUCGACCAUAGGCAAUGUCUUAAGGUGCGCCGUACCUCUGGGCUUACAUACCAGCCCGGGGUUUCGUGGAGACGGAACGAAGCGCGAUCCGGCCCGUUUGUCAGAAAACCCCGAUACUCUCCUUCCCGACCCAAUCAACUGCACAGAGCGUGAAGUACGAGUAAACCUGUUUUGGGUAGCGUAUUCGAAUGAGCGAUUCCACGACACCCCUUGCUCUUGGGCUAUGUCCCUCGAUGAUCAAGAUAUUCAUCAAGUUUUGCCCGGCAGUUUGUCUAAUUUUGAGGAGGGACGUGAUAUUCAAGGGCCAAGGCAAUUCUUACAAUCGACAGAUGCACUUCUCCAACACUUCGCGGAAGUAACUGAUGGCUUCUCCUUGUACAUCAAAGCGUUCAAACCUUCAGGAGCAAUUCUCAUUUCGAAAGCGAGAUGGUUUAACUUGAGGGUACGACACAAGAAUCCUGAUGUGGCUGACGUUCGGGCGCUUCCCGAGUUUCAUCAAUUAGAGCAAUUAAUUGGUUCGUUCAAGAAAUCAUUUCCUCGGCAUUACACUACCCCAAUCGUUCAGUUCUCGAGGGGACUGGAUACCCAUCAUUUGUUCAACGAGUUACGAUAUCACCAGACUUCCUCCGAUAUGCAUGGUAUGAGUGUAUCUCCACCCAGGAGGCGAACCGUUCACGUUGGUAAUCUACAGAGCUGUUGGGGCCGGGCGGCAUCCAUCCUGAUUCGAUUCUACAAGGUUGAAAUCGGCAGGGGACAUCAAGGAGAGGCUUUGGCUAUCGACCUCGAAAUUCAGUCUGUUAAGUAUGUCCUCAACCAGUUGGGGACACGACUCCCUAUUGCAUUAAAGAACAACAAGGUGCUAGAAUUUGAGCUACAGACCAACUACGCACACAUGGCCUACAGCGUCUCACAGAAAGGCCUUCCCUCUGACCAUGGAGAUUUGCAUAUUUCCCCAGGAAACAGCGCGUGGCUAGAAUCACGUUCAAGUGGCUCCCAGGGUGAAGUGACGCCUUUUACUAGCAGCUCAAGCCCACUACCGAGCCUAUUUACGGACACUUCUACUUCGUCCUUGAGCGUUCUCGUGAAUGUCCCGCCGGUGUCCUUCGAGUCUAUAUCUACCAACGAACUUGACACAUUAGGCCAAGCAUUUGGUGGGCCCUUCUAG